AGACCCAAGUCAUGAGUCUUGUGGGUGAAACUCAAGUAUUGGAUAAUCAUUACGAUGCUGAGAACAUGGACACCCAGUUGCUACAUGAGUGUGAUGAUGAAGUUGUUUGAGACCCAAGUCAUGAGUCUUGUGGGUGAAACUCAAGUAUUGGAUAAUCAUUACGAUGCUGAGAACAUGGACACCCAGUUGUUACAUGAGUGUGAUGAUGAAGUUGUUGAUACCGAUGACGGAGGAACAACCAGAACAGAAGUUUUGGGUGAUACUGAAGAGUUAUCUAAUGAUGAUUCUGUAAACAUAGUUGGCAGUUAUCCAAUGAACCAGGAGAAUAAGCUAUAUACCAUUAUUUCAAAACAAGACGAUAAGGGUUGUGAAGCAGAAUUAGAUGGGUUGAUUAAUGAACAACGCAGUACAGGAUCCGUCAGAAGGAAUUUCACUAUAGUCCGCACAGCAGCUUUACAGGCCUCUGGUUUAGCAGCUCGUAGCAUGGCUUUUAAGGGAACCAACAAUGAACCAUGUUCCAUUAAGGGUGAUGAUCAGUCUUGAAAACAACAUACCACUAAGGGUAAUGGGAUAACUGAUAUCGGAGAUUCAUUGGCAUUUGGAAAGGAAAUUGAUGAGGAUUUUUCCAAGGGAGUACAAUGAGGAAAUGAAGGGAUUAAAGAAUCAAAACAAGUGCAGGGUUGGUAGUUCAACAGUGAGGAGACUUUUUUGCGGAUGAUACACGUGCUGAGAUUGAAGGACUGAAUAACUACACAAAUAAUGUUCUUCCAUUUCUGUAGCAGUUUGUUAUUUUUCUGUUUUUGGGUGCAUGCCUCCGUCUGUUUUGGAUGCUGGCUGUUAGUUGUAUCUUGCAGUUUGUUCUAUUAGUCGUGUUUAUUUUGUUAGUUUCUUUUUGGUUUGGUGGGAAGUGUUGUUUAGUUGUUAGGCUCUGGUGCCUUAUUUAGCUUUUGUUUUCUUGUGUUUUGUUGUUGAUAGCUCUGCUAUGCCUGAGGGACGCCUCUUGUAAAUCUAUAAAUCUUAUAAAAAAAAAUAUAAAUGAUUUUCCAUUAUUUU